AUGGGUGACAUGAUUCCAGAGAGCACCCGGCCAGUUCGGACCAUGGUAGUCGGCGACUCCAUGUCUCAAGGCCGUGAAGGGGACUUUGCAUGGCGAUAUAGGCUAUGGCAGUGGCUCACAGAAGAGAAGAUCAACUUUGAAUUUGUUGGUCCGUAUGAAGGAACAAAGACUCCGGAUCAACCUCGUCCACCGCAACCACCGGCUCUGAAAGACGACCCGCUACCAGCACCUGACAUGCCAAUAGACCAUGGCAGCUAUGCUGCAGGCGUGCACUUCAACUCUCACCACUUCUCAGUUUGGGGUCGCCAAGCAACACAGUGUAAAGACCUCAUCGAGGAGCAGGUGGCGCGAUUCAGGCCUGACUAUCUGCUUGUUAUGCUUGGCUUCAACGACCUGGGCUGGGGUGUCGCGGAUGCCGAAAAUACUCUCGGCGCCAUGAAGAAACUCGUGAAUAAUGCACGCGCUGCGAAAUCAGAUAUCAACUUCGCUCUUGCUGACGUACCGAUGCGGACGCCAAUUGAUGGGGCAGAGAAACUUCCUGCCAUGGUGGAAGAGUACAACCAGCUUCUACGAACAUCAGUGCCAAAGUGGUCAUCCUCUGAGUCUCCGGUUGAGUUGGUGGAGGUCCGGCGUGGAUACCAUUGUUCCCAAGGAAGUUACGAUGGAUUACAUCCAAAUGCUUUGGGCGAAUUUCAGAUUGCAAGAGCCUUCUCUCGGACUUUGUCCCGAAAGUUUCGCAUUGGAACCCAAGAUCUCACUAUUCCACAAGAGAUCCCACAAAGACCGACGCCAGUGCCGGCGAAUGUUGUCGCGGAAGCAGUUCCCUACGGAAUUUCUGUUAAAUGGAGUCCGGUAUACGGCGCUAUCGGCUAUGAUGUCAGAAUUCGCAAUAAUGACAACCUGCCAUGGAAGGAGUCGAGAACAGAUGUAGCCCAGUACAACUCGACGUGGACCCAAGAAGGGCAAGAGUAUCAGUACCAAGUCCGGACCUUUAAUGGAGAGGACCUUAGGUCCGCCUGGUCUCAUACGGUCUCAGCAACUGCUCACCCGAAAACAGCUCCGGGGCCUAGGAAGAUCAUCACCAAACCUGACCUGUAUCAGGUCCUUGUCAAAUGGGAAGAGCCUCAGGGGCACAUCGAAGUGGACCGAUACGAGAUCAUUCUCGUAGACCUCUCAUUACCGGGAUCUUUUCCGACUGCUAUGGCGCUGAGAGAAACUGCGACAACAUUCACCGACCUAUCGGCAGGCCAUCGGUAUGGGUUGGCGAUCAGUACUUGGACAAACUACGGAGGUGGUGUUCCGGCAGGAGGCCGGAGCUUCAUUGCUGGCAACGGCAAGCCACCGACUCCGACUCAGCUCCAAGUUGAGGUUCAGAAUUCCAUCACCGUGCACCUAAAGUGGGAAGAGUCGAAGGGCGCAGCGGGAUAUCGCGUGUGGGUGCGGAACCUAGUCGAGAGAUCGGACUUCGAAGAAGACGGAGAAACUGAAUUUGCGGAAUAUGGUAUUGCAUUUCUGAUGCCAGGCGCUUGGAACUUUGAGUUUUGUGUUUCUGCAUACAACGGAAGCCUUGAGUCGGAGAGAUCAGGCAGCAUUGUUCCACUUAAUAGAGGCGACAUAGAAUCUCGGUGA